AAAGCUGCGUUCAACUUGUUCUUGAGCCAAUCAAUAUUAAUCUGGCUGACGCGGAGGCUGCACUCACAGGGUUGAGACAAACGAACCGGUCCGACGUCGUGGGGGCCUAAAAUCAACCCCGUUGGACGUUUCAUUGAGGCUGAGUCUAGAUCCGCAUCGCGAUUUGUGAAGAAAACCUUCGAUGCCUCGAAUAUCAAAACCACCAGAGUCAUCUCAAACACCAUCUGAAAAUGGGCGAACCCUCGCUUUUGAGGACCCCAACAGGCCUGAGCGAUCAUCUGAGCGACGACAAAGAGCUCAAAUCCUUCGAACAAUGGAGACAAGGGCCUGGAGAACAAAUCCACAAGGCUCUGGGGGCGGAAAGUCAUUACGAUAAGCAGCGCAUGGCCUUCACGGUGAAGAAACCAUAUCAUGAUCUGAAAGAUGUGCUUGAUGCUUGCAAGCAAGCCGGGCAGAGCUUUGAAUUCGAAGUCUUGGAUUGCACAUGGGGCGAUGUGAUCGGACAGAUGCAGAAGGCCCAAGAUGUUUAUAAAGCGAAAGGCGACGAGAACCAUGUCCGAGCUCUUUUCCGUCAUGGUCACACUAUGUCGAAUAACGUGAUUCCGUGGUUGGACAUGAUCCCCGAUCAGUACGGGUUGAGUAUCCUGCAUGCAGGUCUGACUAUGAUCUUUCAUGCUGUGCAACAACGAGAGGCAAACAGGGAGAAGAUCUUUCAAGCUUUUAAAAGUAUUCCCGAGAUCAUCGAGAAAGCUCAAACAACUCGACAAUAUUAUCCGAAGGAGGAGAGCCUGCACGAGAAUGCGACUGCACUAUACAAAAUGCUACUUGAAGAGAUGCCACAACUCAUCAAAAUUCUGCUUCGAAAACACAACGCUUUUUUUCUAAAACGAUGGGCCAACCAAAUACCAGGUCAUGAGCAGGCUUUUAUUGAACGGAGUGUUGGGAAGGUAAACAAAGGCUACGUCGAUCUGAAGAAUUGCCUCGACAACAUUCAGCACAAGAAGAUCGCACACACGGAUCAGAAUAUGACUGAGAACCUCCGAGAAACGAAAGCUAUAAGACAAACUGCCGUCAGUACUCAUGUUAGAGUUGCUGAUGUCUCAAAAGAUUUGACUAUGGUCGGAGCGAAUCUUGAAGCACACCGCGAAGAAUCAAAAUUGCACUUGGACGAAGUAGAGAACAAGGUCGAAGAGUCUGGUAUGGAGGUCAAGAACCAUAUAACACGAACCCUCAACGAGGUGGGCGAGGAGCUGCAAAUGGCAAUAGAGAAGAAGAUAGACGACAGGAUGGACGACGUGAAGAGACAAUAUCAAAUCUCUCAACAUAUGGCAGUGGAAACUGUGGAUAUGAACUUCGCAACAACAAUCCAAACUGGAAUAUGGUACAUAGUAAUGGAAAGAGUAUAUUAUCAAGGAUACUCUCAACCUCAAAUAAAUCGCUCUCCAAGUCCCACGUACCAAAAGAUCUCGACUUUCGAUAUUCUAGAAAUCUUGAAGGUGCCAUACGAUACAGCCAAUACAGACCUUAGGUUUGUCUUGCGGCAAAGCAAGAGCUUCAAGACUGACGCUCUUGGGCACGGCCGUUGGCUCAUGACCACAACCCGCUUCAAGAAUUGGCUGGGAGGAGGAAGAUCAGACAUUCUUCUUGUCGAUGGCCAUGGCGACUCAGCAAAAUCAGGCAAGACUUCGCCAAUGUCUGUCUUCUGUUCGACUUUCAUCGCUAGUGUCAUCAAGCUUCAUACGACGAUUGUUUUGCACUUCUUCUGUGGCCAGCACGUGACUUUCGUCGAUCCACUCAGAGGAGCUCAUGGGCUGCUUCGAAGCCUGAUCUGCCAACUUCUUCUCUAUCCCAAUACACAGGAGCCAAAUCUUGACUCGCUGAGCCAACAGAAACUUUACAAUGACUUGCGAGCCCAUGAGCUCAAUGCAUUGCGUCAUCUGUUUCAACAACUUGUCCAGCAGCUUCCAAGAGGUACACUUGUAUUUUGUAUCAUCGAUGGCAUCUCGGAGUACGAAACAAAAAUGAACAACUCAACCGAAAACCUGCAAUUGGUUGUUGACACACUUCAAUCGAUCGUUCGGGAUCAUGGCUUGGGCGGUCCAACCUUCAAAGUGUUGAUGACCAGUGCAAACAGAAGCACAGAAAUCGUGAAGAAGAUUCCACCGCAAGAUUGCAUAUCAUUAAGGGCUGGAAAUGUGCAUAGCGGUCUAAUAUCAGAACAAGCAUUCUUUGCAGAAAUUUCGAAGGCGAAAGCAGCUCUGGAAGCAGCCGAUCCUCAAUUCCAGAGAAUGCCAUGGACUGAAACCCAUUUGCUGCCUGAAUAGGCCGCUUCGAAUACGUUAAGGAUGAGAAUAGAAGGUGUCCCCGUGGUUCCUGAAUCGUUGCCUUGGGUGACUCCACAGAGGACGCCGACUCUCGUGGGUGCUGAAAGGUACCCUACGCCGGUGCCGCAACCACCUCAGGACAACUACCUAUAUCAGUACCGAUGAGGGCGCGAAUCUGUCUAGUCGUGGAGAUUGAGACCGAGAAGGGUCAUAAAAAGAUGAAAGAUGGAAGAUGCCAAGAGAAGCUUUCGAGACCCGACGGUUGAUAGUAGUCUCU